UGAGUGAUGUGGUAUUUGAGAAGUCUUUGAACAGUUUGCUAUCUGCGGUCACUUCUUAUGCAGCAGAGCGAAAGAGAGAAAGAGGGAAGCAUUGAAGCUACUCUCUCUUUCAGCUUCGGAUAACCAUCGCUUUGUAUGCUGUAAAUGAUUCAUAUAUUUUUUUCGCAACCGAUCAUCUAUUUCGGUCCAAGUUUGGAGGGUGCAGAAACCACAUUGCGGAUGCAUCGAUUGCAAUCGAGAGGAUCCCUAUUCCCCAAACGGUUUGAAGGAUGAAACUACGUGCUGUGAAUUCAGAGUAAGACCUCAACUAAUUGUGGCUCGUUAUUUUUGGACCUAUCUGUAUGAUUGACUAUCCUACAAACCUGAAAUGGGACAAUAUAUAAUCGAAUAUAUAAUUUGACAAUACUUUUGUCUGCUUGUUCGGGGCACUGAUUCCGAGACUAAAAAGGAUACCCGUGCCUAUAUAUAAGUUUUAAACUAACACCGCGUCAAUUAGACGACAUCCCUUCACAGUUUCCCUAUUUGCAUGCUGUAGGGUAUUUUCCCCCACAUGGAAUCAUGGCUUCGAUGUAUCAGAGGUUCACGGGCAAGAUCAACACCAAUAGAUCUUUCCCCAACCCACCUGAAGCUAGCCACCUACUCGGCGGGCAAACAGUUGAAGACGAGAAUACCGUGAAGAUCCCGCGCCCCUGUCAAGACGUACGGCCCCGUUUCCAAUGCCAACAACAGGGGAGCGCAUGUGGGGACGAAGAAGAGGAUGAGCUGGUGGGGAGUAACCCUCCUCAGAGGAACUGGAAGGGAAUUGCGAUUGCCCUGUUGGUCAUUCUGGUCAUCUGCUCCCUGAUCGUCACCUCAGUCAUCCUGCUGACACCAGGCGAGGAUGACAGCUUGGCCCUCAAGGGGAAACUGACCGUGGGGGACAUCUUCAGGAAGAACUUCAAGGUUCACGACCCUGAGGCCAAGUGGAUCAACAGUAAUGAGCUACUCUAUCGCACACGUGAGGGGGAUGUUGUCAGGUUCAACAUGGAGACAUACGAGAGGACGGUAUUGGUGCACAACAAAAAGUUUGAAAUGUACAAAGCCAGCAAGUAUGAAGUGUCUCCUGACAUGAAGCAUGUGCUACUCGCCUACAACAUGGCACCAGUGUACCAGCACUCGUUCACUGCCUUCUACAUCAUCUGCAGCCUGGAGACUCCGGAGACAUGGAACCUGAACCCUCCAGAGGUGCGGAACGCCCAACUGCAGUACGCAGGCUGGGGACCCACGGGCCAGCAGCUGAUUUUCAUUUUUGAGAAUAACAUCUACUACCGUUCGACGGUGGAGAGCCGAUCGAUCCGCCUAGUCUCCACCGGCAAGGAGGGAGUCAUCUUCAAUGGGCUCAGCGAUUGGCUGUAUGAAGAGGAGAUCUUCCAGACCCAUAUUGCACACUGGUGGUCUCUGGACGGUGCCCGGCUGGCAUAUGCCACCAUCAACGACACCAUGGUGCCCAAGAUGGAGAUCCCCAUGUUCACAGGAACUACUUACCCUACUGGGAGGGAGUACCACUACCCUAAGGCUGGGGAGGAGAACCCAGUCAUCUCUCUGUAUGUGGUCAACCUGAAUGGGCCCCUGCACACCAUGGAGAUGAGGAGGCCUGAGGACCAGAGGAUGGGAGAGUACUAUGUCACCAUGGUGAAAUGGGCGACUACCACCAAACUGGCAGUGAACUGGUUAAACAGAGCCCAGAACAUAUCCAUGCUGACUCUGUGUCAGGCCACCACUGGCGUCUGCACCAAGAAACACGAGGACGAGAGCGAAAGUUGGCUACACAGGCAGAAUGAGGAGCCGCUGUUCUCCAAAGAUGGUCUGAAGUUGUUCUUCACCAGAGCCAUCCCACAGGGAGGCAGGGGCAAGUUCUUCCACAUCUCCAUGUCCAUCACACAGCCCAACACCAGCACAGACACGCUGCAGUCAAUCACGUCUGGAGACUGGGAUGUCACCCAGGUGCUAGCCUACAACGAGGACAGCCAGCUAAUAUACUUUUUGAGUACUGAGGAUGAUCCGAAGCGAAGGCACCUCUACAGUGCGGACACGGUGGGCCCCUUCAACAGACGCUGUCUCUCCUGUGACUUCUACGAAAGCUGUGGCUACGUCACAGGCUCCUUCAGCCACAACAUGAGCCUCUUCCUCCUCAGCUGCAAAGGCCCUGAUGUGCCGUUUGUAGCCGUGUACAGCACACAGGACAGACAGAAGGUGUUUGACCUGGAGACCAAUGAGAAUCUGAGGAUUAGGCUGGACUCCAUGCAGAUGCCCCACGUGGAAUACAAGGAGAUCACCAUGGAGGAUUACACACUAACGAUGCAGAUCCUCAAACCUGCCAGCUUUGUGGACUCAUCUCACUAUCCUCUGCUCCUCCUCGUUGACAGCACCCCCGGUGGUCAGAUGGUAUCAGAGCUGUUCCAAAUGGACUGGGCCACGGUGUUGGUGAGCAGCUUCGGGGCCAUGGUGGUACGCUUCGACGGGCGGGGCAGCGGCUUCCAGGGGACCAACCUGCUGCACCGCGUCCAGAGGAAGCUGGGCGUGUUCGAGGAGAGGGACCAGCUGGAGGCCCUCAGUAUAAUAUCUAAAGAGCCCUACGUUGACAAGACCAGGAUUGGAGCUUUCGGCAAAGUUUAUGGAGGCUAUGUGACCAGCCUGUUACUCAGCGCCGAGGAUUCCCCGGUGAAAUGUGGUGUAGCCCUCUCACCCAUCACAGACUUUGACCUAUAUGCAUCAGCUUUUUCAGAGAGAUACCUGGGAAUGCCCAAGCCUGACCCAAGAGCAUAUGCGAUGGCAAAUCUAGCACACAGGGCAUCACAGUUCCUAGACAAGAAGUUUCUGAUUGUUCAUCCAACAGCAGAUGAAAAAGUACAUUUCCAGCACACAGCUAAAUUCAUCUCCCAGCUGAUCAAUGAAAAAGCAAACUACACUCUACAGAUCUACCCAGACGAGGGCCAUUUCAUCCACAGCGAGGCCACGCAGCAGCACCUCAGCCAGUCGCUGGUCAACUUCUUUGAGGAGUGUUUCCGGCUACCGGACAAGGUGUUCGAGGAGAGACAGGAGGAGGAGAUUGAGGAAGAGGGUUAGCCCAGACAAAACCAACACCCCAAAACAGAGCUCCAGUCUACGCCUAAGCACAAUUCCAGCCCCCAUACUUGGUUUCACAAUCCACAUAAUAUGCAACCUUCUCUUGGUUUCAACCCUCUUUAGUUAUUUUUUUAUUUAUUUUCACCUUCUGUGUUCCCCCUGCUUUUCCACAUGAUCAACCCUGAGACUGCCGCAUUGCAGAUCAACCCUGAGACUGCCGCAUUGCAGAUCAACCCUGAGACUGCCGCGUUGCAGAUCAACCCUGAGACUGCCGCGUUGCAGAUCAACCCUGAGACUGCCGCGUUGCAGAUCAACCCUGAGACUGCCGCGUUGCAGAUCAACCCUGAGACUGCCGCGUUGCAGAUCAACCCUGAGACUGCCGCGUUGCAGAUCAACCCUGAGACUGCCGCGUUGCAGAUCAACCCUGAGACUGCCGCGUUGCAGACACUUGCUUAUCUCCUCAUCCUCAGUUUUUCUCCUCCUCUCCCUCACCUUUUGAUUCAGCACGACUCCACAAGAGACUAUCGGCAGCCAUUUUUUUGACAUCGACACAAUGAAUACAUUACGAUGAAGGACCACUAGCUGAUGUCAUAUCUGGAACGUGUUGAAAAGGUGUCAGGAAUAGGCAUUCUCUGGUCAUUUUAUGUUUAAAAGGACAAGCUCCUUGGAUUCCAAACAACUGGUGGGAGGGAAGGAACAUCAAAAUCCACACACAAACAUUACCAGUCAGUGAGGAGGGAAGACUUUAUAGCACAAACUUUACCAGUCAGUGAGGAGGGGAGACUUAAUAACACAAACUUGCGGUCGAAGAUACAGACUCCACAUGGCAUCUGAUGGGUCAAACUGGAUCCAGCCCAGUGUCUGGGGUGUGGGUGUCUGUGGAGAAGGGAAUGCUCCUAUUUUGAAAAUCGUGAAGAGACCUUUUCAUGUCGGACUGUGCUUGUGUCUGUUGUCCCUUUGUCAAGUAGCACAUUAAACAUUCCUUUCUUUGGACAUCGAUACUUUGUUUUUUCAGUGUUCAAGUUCAUCUUGGAAUCUUCUUGUAGCCUCAAGUAUGUAUUUAAAUGGUGUAGUCUUCAUUUUUCCAUGUCAUAAAAAGGAUGUGAACCGAAUCAGGUUUGUUCUUGAUUCACUUUGUCUUGGUUUUGUUGCAAAUUGUUCUCCUCCAGUCAUUUGAAAUUGUAAGCAUAAUAUAUUUUAGUCACUGUGCCUUACUUUGGGAGCAAGCGGUCCUUUUUAUGGACUCCUUUUGUGAAAACAAAAUACAACAUGGAUCAUUGUAAAGAAAUGUUCUGUUGACCAUGGCACCAACUACUGAUGGUUAAACCUUAAAACUCUGAACUUUGAACACUUUGUAAUGUUGUCAUAGAGUACGUAUGGAAUUAUGUCAAGUAAGAAAUGGUCUUCUCUAGUUCCAAAUAUAACCAAUUUCCAAAAUGGUUGUAAACAGUAGUAGUUGCAUGUAUCCUUACAUUAUUUUACAGAUGUUGAAAUGGUAAUGAAAUUGUUUGUCUGGCAAACGACCACAUAAAAUGGUUAUGUUUUAGUAAAUGUUGUGGCAUUCCAACCCCUCUCAGUAUUACAAUUCAAACCCAUGGGUGGGUUUGAGGUGCCACUUUAAAAUUGGUGGUGUUGUAUGGCCAAAAGUAGUAGUAGUAGUACAUUUGUGUAUAUAAGGUCAUUAAUAGCUUAGAAUCAUUAUCACAAUCUUUACACUAUGAAAUACAAAGGAAUUCUACAAAUUUGAAUUCUUGAGGCACGAGUCUGCAUUUUUAAUUUGUCAUUUUAUCUGAAUGCUCAUUCCUGUUACUUUGUCAAUGCAUGUUAUCAAGUUAUUUGCAACUCAAUGCGAUCUUCAAUAGCUCCAUUUCAAAAUAGUAUUUUUGACAUCUUGAAUGUUCCAUACUGGCAUUACAUUUACAGUAGUAUCGUGAUUGAGAUCCCAGUCUCGUCAGCUUGAUGUGUAAAUGUUACUCAAAUGUCAUUUUAGUCUCUUAAUAUCUGAGUGUUAUUUGUGCAUAAAUGCAUUUUGAAAGUUA